GUACACACUCUUUGUACCGGUUUAAUAUUCUCUUUAUACUAUUCAACAACAAUUGGUGAAAUGAUAACUGUCGUCAUUGCUUCUGAAACACGUUAUUGUGUAACGUUAAGUACGGACGCGCAGUAAGAUCAACGCACGGACGUGCUUAGAAACUUCAAAGUGGCAUGCGCACGAAAUCACGCUGAUAGUACGAUGAAAUCGGUUCGAAACGAAGUUGCUGAUUUUGGGAUUACGUAACCUAUCAACAACAGUUUUAUUCCUCUACAUAAUAUUACAAUAUAGUGGCAAGUUGUACCUGCUUACGGGUACGUACUUUGUGAUCGAAGACACGAGGAGACAAUACAUUGGAGGUUGAAAAAUGCAGAGUCGAACGAACAAUAUUAUGGUACAUGACCUUUUGGGGUUUUGCAAUGAACUUCAUGCUUCGAAUGAAUCUCAAUAUAGCAAUAGUAUCGAUGGUCCGACAAACCACAAAACUUAAGUAUUACGAGUUACAAAAUGAAUCUUACGAACACCACAGUUCACCGAAUGCAUCAUCAUCAUUCAAUAACAUAUUAAACCAGGAAAAUGUUUUCGACUGGGACGAACGGCAGCAAAACACAGUCAAAGGAGCGUUCUUCUGGUUGCACAUGGUACUACAAAUUCCCGGUGGCUUGCUGGCUCAAAAGUUCGGUGCCAAAUCCAUAUUCGGCUUCAGCAACGGUUUGGUCGCGCUUCUCACCUGCGCCAUCCCGUUCAUGGCGAAAUUGAACUUUGAGGCACUGCUACUUCUGCGAAUCGUCCAAGGGCUCAUCGCCGGGGUAGCGUGGCCGUCGAUGCAGGCGAUGACGGGAAAAUGGAUUCCGCCGCACGAGCGCAGCCGUUUCGUGUCAGCAUAUUUCGGCACGUCCGUUGGAACUGCACUGACGUACAUACUGUGCGGCUACCUGAUGGAUUGGAUGGGCUGGGAGAGCAUAUUUUACGUUACAGGACUGAUUGGUCUGCUGUGGCACGCAUGCUGGACUUAUCUCAUAUACGAUUCGCCGAACACGCACCCGACCAUAAGCGAGAAGGAACGAAAGUACAUCGAAGACAGCCUCGGCAACUGCAUAGUGAAAAACAUAUCCUCCUCGACGCCAUGGAAAUCGAUCAUCACGUCUGUGCCGCUCAUAGUGAACAUCAUAUCGCAAAUUGGUUAUAACUGGGGAAUGUACACGAUAUCAUUGCAAGUGCCGACGUAUUUCAAAUUCGUAUUGGGUUUCAAUUUGAAACAGACGGGGAUUUGGUCGGGCAUACCGCAUCUGUUACUGUGGCCGUUUUCAUUCGUUUUCGGAUGUGGUUGCGAUUACCUGAUCAAAAUCAAAAUCAUGUCCAUCACGAACGUUCGGAAAAUGGCAUGCGUUUUCAGCAACAUCAUUCACGGCCUGUUCAUGCUGUUGUUUUCGUUUUCCGGCAAUAACGAGACAUUCGCCAUUUUCAAUUUGGUAUCCGCCGUAGUCGUAAGUGGUGCAAUUUCUUCCGGAGCUCUUCCCGGCAUCGUGGAUCUAGCACCCAAUCACGCAGGCGUAUUGCAAGGUAUAAACGGAACAAUUGUGUUUUGCUGCAUCAGCAUCUCACCCUAUAUCGUAGGACUGAUCACAUUUCAACAGCAAACCAUUGAACAAUGGAAAAAAGUUUUCAUCGUAUCAGCAGCGGUUUGUUCAACAACAGGACUUGCAUUUUUGAUUUUCGGCAGUUCAAAAUUACAAAAAUGGAAUAACGUGGAACAAAAGGACUCAAAAGAGAUUGAACCCAUAGUAUGAAGGUUACUCAUAGAAAUAUACAAUGCAUCUAUGAUAAUUGAUUUAAUCUAUAAUCGUGCAUCAUCUGUCACCAUACAUUUUAUUAAUACGAUUUAGUGGCAUAAUUUUGUAUUAAAAAAAGCACUUGCUUCCCUCCAGAUAU